AUGAAAAAAAUUGCCAAAAAAAACCAAAGAACUAGAAGGACUGAUUUGGAGUGUGGAAUGAUAGUUGUAGUGUGUGAAGGAAUUUAUGAGAGUAAAAAGGUUAUUUAUCUCAAAGGAUUAGAUAAUAAUUUGGUUCUUUGUGCUGGGGUUAGAGAUAUUAAUGGUGUUCCUUUUUUUAAAAUUGAUGAAUCUUAUUUACUGACUACUUCAUCAAAGAUUUAUAUAAAUCUUAAUGAUAUCACUAUUAAGGAAGAUGAGGUACCUCUUGUUACUAAAGAUAAAUCUUUAGAAGUUAUGGAUAUUGAAUACACUCAGAAAAUGAGCAAUAUUGAAAAAACUAUUUCUGAUGAAGUAAGUAAAGUUGAAUAUCUUAGAGCGUACCUAAAGGCGCCUUUUGAAAUUGAUAAUUCUGUAGAGUUCUACAGUCAAGAUUAUUAA